GCAGAGAAAAAGCAGUCCUAACAUGGAAGUGGAGCUGUGUUUCUGACACUGUAUGAAGAUCCAGAAGCGGAAGCAGCCAUGUCAGAGAAGAAGCCAAGAAGCUCGGACACACGUCCCAAGAGUGGCCUCCGCAGUUGGAGCGCGGACAGCUAUGUGUGGCGAGCGAAGAAACGCUCCCGGAGUUCUCGUAACGAGUCGAGUCCGGGAGGGAUGGAGGUGGAGGGGACGGAGGAGCUGGGUGUGCGUUCAGGAUCCUGUCCAAGGAGGCGCAGAGAGAGAAAGUGCAGCUGCAGCACUCUUGGGGAUGCAUUGACAUCUGGAGACAUUGAUGUAGUUUGCCGGAAGGCUUUGUCCCGCCGCUCUCUGAGGCAGAAGUUUCAGGAUGCUGUGGGUCAGUGUUUGCCUCUGCGCUCCCAUCAUCAUCACCAUCAUCACCACCUUCAUCCACCAGGCUCUUCCAGACCUUUCUCUGUGCUCUUCUGGUCCAAACGCAAGAUUCAUGUCUCUGAGCUCAUGCAGGACAAGUGUCCCUUUUCUCCCAAAUCUGAACUGGCACGAUGUUGGCACCUUAUCAAAAAUAAUGCAACUAAUUCAAAUUCCCUGAAAGACAUGGAGACACCCCUCAAACCCAAUGUCUCAACUUCCUCCUCCUCCCCACCUCAAACCCCCCUCUCCUGGGACGACAUCUGCUGCUCUCCUGGGACUGCAAGCACCAGCCUGGAGGACUGGAACCCGUCUUGUCCUCACGGGGGAGCAGAUGGCAGCUGUGGCCACACUGACUACAUCCUGGUCCCAGAUCUCCUGCAGAUCAACAACAGCUCCUGUUACUGGGGUGUGUUGAACCGUUUUGAGGCUGAGGAGCUACUGGAGGGCAAACCAGAGGGGACGUUUCUGCUCAGAGACUCUGCCCAGGAUGAGUUCCUCUUCUCGGUCAGCUUUCGGCGGUACAGUCGCUCCCUGCAUGCUCGAAUCGAGCAGAACGACAAGCGUUUCAGCUUUGACGUUCGUGACCCGUGCAUGUACCGGGACCCCAGUGUGACCGGACUUCUGAGACACUACAGUGACCCGGCCACCUGCCUCUUCUUUGAGCCCCUCCUUUCCCUGCCACUACCGAGGACCUUCCCCUUCACCCUCCAGCACCUGUCCAGAGCUAUAAUCUGUAGCUGCACCACCUACCAGGGCAUAGACUGUCUGCCACUGCCUCCUCAGCUCAGGGACUUCCUCAGGCAGUACCACAUAAAGUGUGAUGGAGCCUGUGCUGUAUGACAGUUCAAAUAUGGCCUCACAUGAAGGAGGGCAAAGAUCAGACGAGCAUAGACUGGUUCACAUGGCAAAGAGCCAAGACUAUAGAUAAUGAAUUCCA